GAUCACAUCUACUUUUUUUCCUCACAAGCACUGCAAAAACAAAAAAAAAACACACAAGCUCUGCCUUCCACUUUAAUGGCGUUUCUUGUUCUUCUUCUUCUUUUAAAUUUUGUAUUUAAUGCAACAAAUGCUCAGUCAACAAGCUCUAUUAUCAAACCAGGUUCUUCUCUUUCACCCAUUAAUAAUUCAUAUUUGCUAUCUCCUUCCGGCCAGUUCGCUUUCGGUUUCUACCGAUACAAAAACGGCUACUCCGUAGGCAUAUGGUUCGAAAACAUCCAGCAGAAAACAGUUGUAUGGACGGCUAACCGAGAUGCCUCGCCGUUCCCUAGCGAUGUCACAUUGGUUUUAACCACCGAAGGUACCCUUAUUGUUCGACCAAAGCAAGGUCAAGACGUACUCAUUGCCGAUACUAGUAGUGAUAACGUGUCACGGUUAGCAACUUCGGCCUCGAUGCUCGAUUCGGGUAACUUUGUUUUGUUGAAUUCGAGUGGUGGGAUCGUAUGGAAGAGUUUUGAUUUCCCGACCGAUACCAUUUUACCAGGACAACGUCUAGCGGUGACCGGUAAGCUCGUUUCGAGUGUUGCCGAGUCGGAUCAUGGUAGCGGAAAAUUUCUAAUUCUUAUGCAAAGUGAUGGGAAUUUGGUCCAAUACCCUGUUGGAGCAGUACUGGAACGUGGUGCUGCUUAUUGGGCUACUAAUACAUUUAAUGCUGAGAGCUUGAAUCUUGAUGGUAAUGGUCACCUAUAUUUGUUAAAUGAUACCGGGUUCAACAUCAAAAGUAUUAAUAAGAACUACGUUAAUGCCUCGGGUAAGUCCGUGUAUCGUGCAACAAUUGAUACGGAUGGUAUAUUUCGAUUGUACUCACAUAGUUUUAACCGAUUUGAUGAUUGGUACACCGAAUGGUCAUCCUCUAAUUAUAGAUGCGAUCCUUUAGGUUUGUGCGGUGAGAAUAGUUAUUGUGUUAUGACGGAUGGGGAACCCGUUUGUCAAUGUCCUCCUCAUUUCAAUUAUAUCAAUGAGAAGCGAAAGGAAUUGGGUUGCCGAAAGAACUAUAGUUUAGUUGCUUGUGACACAAGAAAUGGCCGACUUUUUGAUUUUCUUGAGGUGAACGAUGUGUCUUGGAAAGAUGAUGCGUAUUCCAGUCUCUCGUCGAUGACAAAGAACAGUUGUAGAGCCGAGUGUUAUCAAGAUUGUCGUUGUGAAGCUGUUGUCUUCGAGAACGAGGUGUGUAAAAUGAUGAAGUUGCCGUUACGGUUUGGGAGAAAAGUAUUAAGUGGUCAAGUUACUGCAUUUUUGAUUGGUGGAGAACUUGCUGGUGUUGGGACAAGGAAAAAGAAAAGGAAGCUAAGAUUGGAUAUGUUAAUCAUUAGUAUUGCCAUGGCAUGCUUGACGCUCGGGUUUCUAGUUCUAGCAACUAUCGGCGUUCGAAAGUAUCGUGCUUAUGUUCGAAAAUACAAGCGUGUUUUGCGUUUAGUAAACAAUCGAGUUGCUGAAGAUGUUGCCUUGAAAUCAUUUUCCUUCGAGGAGCUUAAAGAUGCAACCAACAAUUUUGUGGACGUGAUCGGUAAAGGAGCUUACGGGACGGUUUUCAAAGGGGUGCUAUUCGAUGGCGAGAGAACAGUAGCCAUCAAGAGACUGGAAAAAGUGGUGGCCGAAGGUGAAAGAGAUUUCCUGAAUGAAAUGAAAGCCAUCGGGAAAAUACAUCACAAGAACCUCGUUCGAUUGCUCGGUUAUUGCUACGACGGAACUAAUAGGCUUCUGGUUUACGAGUACAUGAAAAACGGUUCUCUUGCGGAUUUUCUUUUCAAAUCGAACUUAAAGGUAAAUUGGGAAGGAAGAGUCGAAAUAGUAUUGAGUAUAGCGAGAGGAAUUUGUUACUUGCAUGAAGAAUGCGAGACUCAGAUUAUCCAUUGCGAUAUCAAACCCGAAAACAUCCUAAUGGACGACAAAGGGUACGCGAAAAUUGCGGAUUUCGGAUUAGCCAAGCUAUUGAUGCCUAACCAAACUAGGACAUACACCGAAAUCCGAGGGACGAGGGGAUACGUUGCCCCAGAGUGGCAUCGAAACUUACCAAUAACCGUGAAAGCCGAUGUUUAUAGUUUCGGAAUAAUGUUGUUCGAGAUCAUUUGUUGUAGAAGGAGUGUGGAAGCGGAUGUUCCGGAAAACGAACAAGUUCUUGCAUAUUGGGUAAUUGAUUGUUUCAAGGCUAAUGAAGUGGAGAAGCUGGUGCAAAAUGAUGAAUUAGUGGAGAAGAGUAAAUUGGAGAAGAUGGUUAAGGUCGGAUUAUGGUGCACCCAAGAUGAAGCAUCAUCUCGACCGUCGAUGAAAAGAGUUAUCUUGAUGCUAGAAGGGACGGUUAAUAUACCUGAUCCUCCACCGCUUAGCUCCUUCGUUAGUUCUCCUUAGAUCAUGUUUGUGUCACGAGACAAGACUUUAACUUUGCCAAACGUAAAAAAUAUAGUGUUCAUACUUAUGUAGUUGUGAAUUACACUAAUGAAUCACGAUGGAUAUAUACAUAUUUAUAUAUGUAUAUAUUAUCAGCCUGAUGAAAUUUACACUGUAAUCACGAAAUUUUUCUAUAAUAUUAGAACAUAGGAAGAUGUUUAGAUUUUGAAUUUUAAAUUUAUUAAAUACUUAUUAAGAGGUAAGAAUAUAUCAUUAGUUGAUUCGAUUUUUAUAUAUCAAGAA